AAAUGUCACCUCUGUCAAAAAUAAACUUAACCUUAUUUCAAAAUGAAAAAUAAUUUUUACAAAUAAUUAUUUUUAAAUUGUUAUUUAUAUUUGAUGUUUAAUUAAUUAAUGUAAGUGACACUUUACUUUUUUUUCAUUUUAAAAUGAAAAGAAAAUUGUAUCUUUGCACGUUUUAUACGCAUUAACUUCGUCACAUUAAAAGAAAUGGUUUUUAUAAUAAAUACUCUAUUUUAGAAAUUGGUUUUAUUUUUCGGGGCUAUUGAUUUGUAUUGUUUAAUUAAAAACAGAAAAAAAUGGCUAGUGUUAUGGAACAAUCACCUCCAGUGACAAGUUAUGUGGGAAGAUCCGCAACUCGUCAAGGAAGUGUCAUAGAUCUGGAUAUUGAUAUGUUUUUGAAAAUAUCAAAUUACGAGGAUACUGUUAGACAACUUGAUAUUUAUUACGGAAUUGUAAAACGGCAAAUUUUACAAUAUCAGAGCAGUAUAACGGGACUUUUUCCACAAAUUUCAAGUGAUAAAGUUGUAGGAAGUGUGAGAGAAAGUAUAUAUUGUGCAGCGGCAAUUUGGAGUUUAUAUCAAGCCUAUAGGCGAAUUGACGAUGAUCGGGGAAAAUCACACGAAUUGGGACAAUCAACAGUAAAAUGUAUGCGUGGAAUUUUAGAAUGUUGGAUGAAACAAGCGAGUAGAAUUGAAUUAUUUAAACGCAAUCAAUGCGAUCGUUUUGCUCUUCAUUGUAAAUUUCAUCUUGACACUGGAAGUGAAAUUUUUAAAGACGAUGACUAUUAUCAUCUUCAAAUCGAUGUCGUUUCGCUUUAUUUAAUUUUUUUGGUUCAAAUGAUUACAUCGGGAUUGCAAAUUAUUUACACACAAGAUGAAGUUGCGUUCAUACAAAAUCUCGUUUAUUAUGUUGAACGAGCGUAUAGAACACCGGAUUAUGGAAUGUGGGAAAGAGGAAGUCGUUAUAAUGAUGGAACACCAGAAAUUCAUGCAAGUUCGAUUGGAAUGGCAAAAAGUGCAUUAGAGGCAAUAAAUGGUUGUAAUCUUUUUGGCGAGAAAGGUGCAUCAUGGUCUGUGAUUUAUGUCGAUAUCGAUGCACACAAUCGUAAUCGAAGUAUUUUCGAAACAAUGUUACCUAGAGAAUCAAGUUCAAAGAGCGUCGAUACGGCUUUAUUGCCAACAAUUUCAUUUCCCGCAUUUGCCACUCAUGAAGAAUUACUUUACACUGAGACAAAGGCAAAUAUUGUCAGAAGAUUGAAAGGCGUUUAUGGAUUCAAGCGAUUUGGUAGAGAUGGUUUUAAAACAGUUCUCGAAGAUCCUAGUCGACGAUAUUAUCGACCUGGAGAAAUUAAAGAAUUUGACAAUGUCGAAUGUGAGUGGCCAUUAUUUUAUAUUUUCAUGAUAAUUGACGGUGUUUUCAAAUCUUUUCCCGAACAAGUUGAGGAAUAUCAAAAUUUACUAAAAGCCCGUUUACACAAAGAUAUUAACGGAGAUCCCAUUAUUCCGAUGUAUUUUUACGUUCCUGAGGAUAAUCUCGAAGCGGAGAAAAAUGAUCCUGGUAGUACAAUGCGAAUACCAAGUGAGGAAGUUAAAAGACAACGAAAAAAUUCCAUGGAAUAUGAUGGACCACAUAUUUAUUUAUGGAAUCAAGCAAUGUUUGUUAUUGCACAAUUAUUAACUGCGAGUCUUCUUCAUAUUAAUGAAUUGGAUCCAAUUCGUCGUUAUCUUCCAUCUUAUAAUAGACCAAGGCGUGCUGGACGAUAUUCUGCUUUUCAGGCUAAGCCGAGCAGUGGAACACAUACGGAUCUCGUCGUACAAAUUGUUUUGAUAGCAGAAUCGAUGAGACUUCAGGCAAUGAUGGCAACCUAUGGAAUUCAAACUCAAACACCACAUGAAGUUGAACCUGUACAAAUUUUAUCCUCAUCUCAAUUGGUCAAAGUUUACGAGCAACUUGGAAUUAAUAGUAAAUUAAAUCUUCAGGGACGACCUUCUCGUCCAAUUGGUUCCCUUGGUACCAGUAAGAUAUACAGAGUUUGCGGAAUGACCGUUCUUUGUUAUCCACUAAUUUUUGAGGUUUCGGAUUUUUAUUUAUAUCGAGACAUGGCACUAUUGAUUGAUGAUAUAAAAACAGAAUUACAAUUUGUUGGAAAAUAUUGGCGACUUUCUGGACGACCAACAGUUUGUUUGCUUAUCAGAGAGGAGCAUAUGAGAGAUCCACAAUUUAAGGAAAUGUUAGAUUUAUUUGCCAUGUUGAAAAAAGGAUACUGCGAUGGAAUUAAAGUUCGAAUUGGAAGAUUACAAAAUCUUAUUUCAUCCUCGUGUAUCGAACAUUUGGAUUUUUUGAGUAAUUUAGAUAUAGAUAUUGAUUUAAAUCCAUUUAAACAAUUGGAACAUGAGUACAUUGGUUAUCAAAGUCUCACUGAUGUUCCAAGAGCUUUGUCCUACGCAGAAGACGUUCAAGAUUAUAAACACUUUAUGACUCAACCUCUGUACAAUGUUUUAAAUGAAAUUCGUAAUUCCGAAAGUCUUUACACAAAAUGUCAACUUUAUGAAAUUUUAAUGAAACGAGAAGGUAUCAAUUAUGAAUUUAAUGGAAAAACAGUUGGCGAUCAUUUAAGAUGUUUAUAUCAACAAGCUGGAGGAUUAAGAUAUUGGAUGGUGGUUCGAUAUUGUAGUAGUUUAUUAAAUCAUACUGUCGAUAGUAUUAGUCCUUUUAUAACAGGAGUUUUAGUAAAAGGAAAACAGUUAACUGUGGGUGUUAUUGGACAUGAAGAAACAGUUUUUGAUAAGCCAAUGACACCAGCGGAAAUUCAAUCAGUUGUUUAUUCGACAAUACAACCACACAAUGUUGUACAAGCUGUUCUUCAACAAGAAAUUCUUCUUUAUUGUGGACGAUUAAUAGGAACUAAUCCCGAAAUGUUUAAAGGAAUUUUAAAAAUUCGUAUUGGAUGGGUUUUGGAAGCAAUGAAUCUUUAUCUUAAAAUGACUAAAAAGAAUCCAAAACCAAUUGAAAAUUACAGUCCUUAUGAAAUUCGACAGUUUCUCAUUAAAGUUCUUACUGUUAAAGAUUGGGCCACGGCAGAAAAUCUAUCGGUAUUGGAGAGAAGAAAAAUAGAAGGCAGUUUGUGUAGAGUUCCAGUACAUUUUUACAAUCAAGUUUGGGAAGUUUUACUACGUUGUCCUGGUGGAAUUUGUGUCAAUGGUCGUGAAUUACCUCAACAACCAACUUUAUCAAAUAUGACAAGAUCAGAGCUGACUUUUGCACUUUUAGUCGAAUCUAUUCUUCAUCACAUUCAAUUAGCAGAAUUUCGACAAAUUGUCGUUGAGUUAUUAAAUAUAGUUUCAACAAUUCUAUUGAGAAAUCCGGAAUUAACAUUCAAAAGACAAUUGGAUUUAAAUAAACUUGUUGAUGAUGCUUUUGACAUUUUUUGCAAGGAUCACAAUUUGGGAAAGUCUACAGAUAUGUCAGCUUUUUUUUCUGCUCAUUAUUCUUUAACAACUGGAUGUCUUGCCAGGGCGGUUGUCAAUAAUGUCCUCACCAGAGGCUGUGUAACAACAGACAUUGAUUUAGACGUUGAAAAUAAUGAAAUGUGCCGAGUCACAUAACAUUUUUAUAGAGUCAAUUUUAAUUAUUAUAAUAAUCUUCUGAGUGCCAAUUUAUAUUUUAGAAAUAAUUAUUUUUAUCAAUUUUAAUGCAACGAA